UCUUCUUCUUCUUCUUCUUCUUCUUCUUCUUCUUCUUCUUCUUCUCUCUCUUCCUACCCCAUUGCCCAGCUGAAAAUUAAACGCCAUGAAUAAAGUCACUGUUAUUGGUAGUGGCAAUUGGGGCAGCGUUGCCGCAAAACUAAUUGCCUCCAACACCCUCAGGCUUCGAUCCUUCCAUGAUGACGUGAGGGUGUGGGUAUUUGAGGAAAUUUUACCAAAUGGGGAGAAGCUCUCUGAUGUCAUCAAUCAAACCAAUGAAAAUGUCAAGUAUCUUCCUGGAGUCAAGCUUGGUAAAAAUGUAGUUGCAGAUCCAGCCCUUGAAAAUGCAGUGAAGGAUGCCAACUUGUUAGUAUUUGUAACUCCACAUCAGUUCAUGAAAGGACUAUGCAAAAGUCUUGCUGGUAAAAUAAGGACAGAUGCACAGGGCAUUUCCCUUAUCAAAGGGAUGGAGGUCAAGAAGGAAGGCCCAUCCAUGAUCUCAACUCUCAUCUCCAAACAACUGGGAAUCAAUUGUUCUGUCUUAAUGGGGGCCAACAUUGCAGAUGAGAUUGCAAUGGAGCAAUUUAGCGAGGCAACCGUUGGAUAUAGUGAAAACCAAGAAGCCGCAGAGACAUGGGUUCAGUUGUUCAACACUCCCUAUUUCCAUGUCACAGCUGUCAAGGAUGUUGAAGGGGUUGAACUGUGUGGAACUCUGAAAAAUAUUGUGGCUGUAGCUGCAGGUUUGGUUGAUGGCUUGGGGAUGGGAAAUAAUACAAAAGCUGCAAUCAUGAGAAUUGGUCUAAAAGAGAUGUUGAAAUUUUCGAAGUUAUUGUUUCCAUCUGUUAAGGACAGCACUUUUUUUGAGAGUUGUGGUGUAGCUGACCUUAUCACAACUUGUGCCGGUGGAAGAAAUAGGAAAGUUGCUGAGGCUUAUGCAAAAUAUGGGGGAAAAAGGUCUUUCGAUGAGCUUGAAGCAGACAUGCUUAAAGGCCAGAAAUUGCAGGGUGUCUUAACUGCAAAAGAGGUCUGUGAGGUUCUAACCACGCGUGGAUGGCUAGAUUUGUUUCCUCUCUUUUCAACAGUCAAUGAGAUCAGCUCAGGUCGCCUACCACCAUCAGCCAUAGUUGAAUUCAGCAAUCACAAAUCCAGUUCCAAGCACGGAAAAAGCAAGCUUUAACUGUGCAUCAGUUGUUGAAGGCCAUGGUGACUCAGCUUCAUUCAGCAUAAACUCAGAAGGUUGUAGCUGUUCUCUUGCAGGCUAAGAAAGCUAAGUCUUAUUUUGAAGUUUUUGUCAAGGCACACUUUUUCUACAAGUAAUACAUACAAAUAUACUUACCAGCCUGUUUGGUUUAGGGAGUCUUUAGGGAGAAGUUAUAAAAUGCAGAUUUUACGGUUACCCAUAAUUAAGAAUGUACACUCAUUGUCAAUCCAAAUACACUACUAAUUUAAGAAAGAAGCCACUUUUCA